UCAUACUCUUAUUUUGAGUAGUCGAGUAAAUGUUGUAUGUCGGUUUUCAGAUUUUUGUACAUGGGUAAUGGUAUUUGGACAGCAAAUUAUAUUGUUGGAGUACCCAAAGAACUUUGGAACCCAUGAAAAAAUCUCAUGUCCAUUUAUAGUGUGUUACAUAAAUAUAUUUUUUCCAGUGUAAAUUAAUUCACCGUGCAGCCAACUAUUGAACUAUGACUAUGCCCAUUUUGAGUUUAUUAGUGACGUUAUAAUUGUUAGUAUUAAUCUUAAAGUAUUAGAAACAAUUUUAUUGUUUCAAAAAUCAUAAAAGUCAACAUCGUGGAAAGUUGUAAUAAAAAUAAGCCAACAACAGUAUAAGAAAUUAUAACUUAUGCAGAGUUACAUUCAGUCAAUGUGAAAAUGAAGAAGCAGUUUCUUAGAGUCAAACAGAUUGCAGAUCAGACCUUUCUCCGAGCAGAGAAGACUGAAGUCUUGACAGAAGAUCUGGUCAGUGCUGAGAAACGCGUUGAACUGGUCAAGCAGUCCUGCCAAAAUACUGCAAAGAAAGUUGCAGGAUGUCUACAGAGUGGAGGAACAGAUGUUUCAGGUCCAGAAAAGAGGCUGAAAAAGCUCAGAGAAAUUGUAUUAUCUCAGUGUAUGGCAGAAAACAGUGGAAUCCUUGGUGAAAGUUCUAUUUUAGGUAUAAUCUUUGGAAAAUGUGCCUCUCUGCAAGAAAAGUUGGGAAAAGAAAUAAUGCAGUAUGAAAUGACUGUAGAAGAACAACUUUUAACACCCAUUGGAGAAUUUUUAGAGAAUGAUGUUCCCAAUAUCACCAAGUUAAGAAAACUUUUGAACAAACUAACAUUAGACAUGGAUUCAGCACGUUCUAGGUAUCAGACUGCUGUUCGACACAGUCACCAACAAACGGGAGGAGCAUUACACAAUUCAGCAGCUAAAGCAGAUGUAUUAAAAGAAGAACUGGAAGAUGCUUCAUUGAAAGUUGAACAGUGCAAGGAUACCUUGGCUGCAGAAAUGUAUGCACUUUUUAAAAGAGAACCUGAAUUUGCCCAGUUAUUUGUGGACUGGUACAAGUAUCAAGCAGAUUGUCAUAGAAAAGCUCUACAUAUUUUGGAAGAGUGGAUUCCAUUGUUGGAAAGCGAUAUUCAAGAUUUCAACCAUAAACCAGUUUAUGGGACACAAUUAUCUGAACAUCUUCGAGUCACGGGUAGACAAAUAGCAUCAGUGAUAGAAAUGUGUAUUUGUUGUUUGUUAGAGAAUGGAAUGAAUGAAGAGGGCCUUUUCAGAAUAGCUGGAAGUGCAUCCAAAGUGAAAAAAUUGAAAAAUUCUUUUGAUGCUCUUAUUGCAUUUGAUCUAACAGAGUAUGCCCGAGAUCCCCACACUGUGGCAGGAGCUCUCAAAUCAUACCUACGUGAACUACCAGAACCUCUCUUGACAUUUGACCUCUAUGAUGAAUGGAUGAAUGCAGCAAAAACAGUUGACCCAGAGGCAAGGCUGCAAGCACUAUGGCAGGUACUACACCAGCUUCCUGAAGCCAACCGAAACAAUCUGAGGUACAUCAUCAAGUUUCUUGCAAAGUUAGCUACAUAUGCUGAGGUAAACAAAAUGUCACCACAAAAUAUAGCCAUAGUCUUUGCUCCUAAUCUUAUCUGGGGACCUGAUCAGGAUUCCAUGCAGUUUGGUAUGAACAUGUCUGUUGCCAACAUUCACAGCAUCAUUGUUGACUCUCUAGUGACCUAUGCUGAUUGGUUCUUUCCUGGAGAGACAAAUUUUUGUAUUACGUCUCCACCAGUUUCAAUAAAUCCAGGUAAAAACCUAGCAACAGCCUGUCAACCAGAGUGCCCAACUCAUAAUGAAGAAGAGUCAGAUCCAGAUCAAGGUGGAAGUCCACCUGACAGCUUGACAACAAGUCCAGUUGCUAAUAGCCCAAAACCAAUCCACCGUCCAGGCAAAAAACCUGCUCCUCCAGCCCCAGGUAUUCAGCAAAAGGAAAAGACAAGAGUGUCAGAAAAGCAUAACUUAGAAAGAUCAAUAUCUUACAACCAGGAUAAGCAAUCAAACAUUCAUAGUAUACAACCUGGUUCUUUCGAGAAGCUUUCAAGUUAUGAUCGACAGACAUCAACUCUCCCUCGAAACAUUGCUGGAGCUCCAAGAAAAACAGAGCGUCUAUCCAUAAUACAAAGACGGUCACAUGAAAACCUGUCUGGUAUUGUUUCUGAAAAAUCAGCUGUAACAAAGACUGAAAAAGUUGAGAGACCAGAAAAAACUGAGAAGCUACUCUUGUAUUCUACUAAUUCACUAGAUCGUAAAAGUAAAUUAGUAAAGGUAGAGAGACCACCAUUAGCCCCUCGUCAUUCAAAAUUAAGUAGUCACAUAGAAAAACCAAGUGUUCCUCCUCCUGGAAUUCCUGUAAAAAAUUCUGCAAGUUCAAUUGAUAGACCAUCCGUCCCACCACCUGAAAGACCAACCAAAGCAGACAAACUUUCAAAGCCAGUUGAAUUACCUGAAACUGGAAGAAAACUUUCACUACCCGAAGUUGAUGAGAACUCUGAAAAUACUAACCAGAAGUUUUCAUUUUCACAUACUGAUACAGAACCUUCAUUAUCAUUAAUUAAUGAUAAUACUGUAGCUGACAUAAUAGGACAUUGUGAAGUUGUUGGAUAUCAAAACGAAGACUCACAGUUUAUUCAGUUACAGAAGAAUUCAUGUGAAGAUACUGAAGUGAUUGAAAAACCACAGCAAGUUGCUACUCUUGAUCCAGGACAUACAACCAAACAGGAUAGAUGGAAUUUUCUGACUUCACAAUCUGUUGAAAAACCACCAGAAAGGCCUCCUCGCAUCAUUCCACCACCUCAUGACACUACCGAUAAGGACUGGGGUUUAGGUGGUGAGUCUUCCAGUGACUUAGAAGACAUUAAGACCUGUGUUGGUGUCUGUCACCAAGAGCAACCACCAGAACGCCCACCUCGAAGUAAUCAGGCUGUUACUGAAUCAUCCACUAACCAACCUGGUGAAAAACCAUAUUGUGCAUUAAUCCAAGUUGGAGGACUGGGUACUAUUAAAGUUCCAUCCUCUCCCAGUAGUGUGCGUAGCAAGCCCCCCCGUCCACAGCCACCUCCACCACCUGUUAAACCCAAAGUUAAUGCUGUCUCUGAAGACACACGUCUUUAGUUACUCCUACAGAAUUUCCUUAAUGCUAAAACAUGCAAAAUUUGGUAUUACUUACAGCUCAUAAACAAAGUAUUUUUUUCAAAUAAAUUUAACAUCGCGGUGAUCUUUUGUGGUGCCUUAUAAAUAUAGGUGCUCCAGUAUUCUAGUCUUGCUUUGUCUUAAGAAAAAUAGUCAUUUGAAAUACAUCACAUUAAUUGUAUUACAGUUUUGUUAGUUCAUUCACAAAGUGAUUUGACAUUGUGUCGUAUAACAUUUCAGUUUUAUUGUGGAGAAAUAUGUAGCAAUUCACCUUUAAGGUAAAGGAAAACAUUGUCAAGCUCUGUAUAAAUGUUGAAUAAUAUUUAUGCAACUGUGUUGUUAAAACUGGAAAAUUAAUGGUGAGUAGUAAUAUAAGUUUCUGAUAAAGUUAAUAAAUUGAACACACCAUUCUUUUGGCGGUCUAUCUUUCAGAAAAGGAAAGAAACAGUUUGUGUAUGAACCAGUUCCUACAUGGACAUGUUUUUAAUAGUAGAUAUCAUUGGAUUUGGAUGGGGUUUUUUUUUUCAAUUUUUUAAAUAAUUAUAGGUGCAAUGUGUUGCACUUUAAUUGGAUAUCUUCUUGAUAAGUGUUGAAAUACAUAUUGAGUCAAUUAUGAAUCAGCUUAGUGCAUCAUUUGAAAAAUAUAAUUGAGAGUAAAGGUUUCACUUAGGAUUUCAAGUCUGAGAAAAGACAAACUAUUAGAUGUGUAUACUGAUAUACAUGUAUAGAACAUUGAAAGACAAAUGUACUGAAUGAUGUCAUUGUUCGAAAGUAGUAGGGUAAAUAAAAUGUAUGGGCUCUCCAGAUGUAUAAAGAUUUGUCAGAUAAUAUUUUGGUAGGUUUUAGGUUGUAAUAUGUUUUAUGAAAGAAUUUAAACUUGCUUGGAUUAAGAUAAUGAUAAUGGAAAGGUAAGUAAUUCAUUAUAUUAUUUGUAUGAUGGAUCUCCUCUUAAAAGGAUUUUAAAUUAUGGGUUUAAUUGAGAACUACUAUGCAUGAAGAAUGUAUAGUUGGUUAUGAGAUUGCAGUUUUGGGUUACGUGUAUAAAUUUUAUACUUUAUUAUACGCUGGUGUUGAUGUGCAUCUUCGUGUUAAUACUUCAAACUUCUUUUACUCAGUUAAUCACUGUUUAUACUUAAAUGUGUUAAGGUAUAAUGAUUAUUUAAUCCAGAGAGAAAGAAUACCCCAAAAUUAUUCUUAUGUUGAUGUUUAGUGAGGAACCUACUGAACUGAAUAAUUAAUUCAAAAAUAUAAUAACAGCAAUUUAAAAGUAGGCAAAUUCUGAUUUUAAUGAUUACAACAUUAUAAACCAGAGCAUUGGAUCAUCAUGAGGUAAAAUUUACAUUCAAAAAAGGUACUAGAGUGUAACUUUCAUCUGAUGAUGACCUUAUACUCUGGGUCAAAAUGUAGUAAUCAUUAAAACCAGAAGUUGCCUAAUUUGAAGUUCCUGUUAUUGUAUUUGUUAAUUAAUUAUUCCUGUGUCGAUUAUUUAUAUUUUGACAGUGUUCCUUACUAUUGAUAAAUAGCCUACAGAAAAAUUCCUUGUUAAAAAAAACAUUACGGAACUGGACCAACAAUUUUGUUUAGCAAAGAUACAAGUUGAAAUCAAUACCAACAAGAAUUAGAAUCACCUUGUUGGUACAGAUGUCUCUGUAGAUAUGAGAUUAUUCUCAACUGAAUCAAGAAAGUGUUUUAUUAAUCUGGAGAGAUUACUCAGUCACCAUAUUAGAUUUGUCCUUGAUAUGUGCCAAGUUAAAUGGUUAAACUUGUAUUUAGGAUUUUUUUUUAAUUUAGACUUACUGAUCAAGAAAUAUAUUUAUAAAAUAUGAAAAUCAAGAAUAUUUAAAUAUUUUCUGCAGUUUAUAUGGGUACAAAAAUUUUAACCUCAGUUAUAUUCUGGAAGCAAGAUUGUAAUGUGCAAAAGUUUUAAUUGUAGAACUAGAACUGUUCUUUUAAGCCUACUAAAAUGUGAAUUGUUUUCAGAAACAAUGUAUACAUUGUUGCCACAUUAUAAUUAUGUAUAUGUUGUAACCUAUUUUGUGCUAAUUCUGUGACUCCAUGCUAUAAAUCUAUUGAAUUUUGAAUAUUCACUAAGCUACAAAGGAAUUAUAAAUGCUAACACUCUUAUUUCUAGAGUGCUUUGAUCAUUUUGGUUAGGUUCAAUAAAUUACUUUAACUCUAAGAAUUUAGAUCAGUCGAUUUCAUAUUAAAUUUCACAUCAUUAAGACAGAAUCAGAAUGAGAAAUGUUUUGAUUGACAUACCUUAGUUACUGAAAAUUAUUAGCUUUUGCUGUAAUGAAAUAACAUCCAAUUUGGUGAAAGAUUGUUUUUACUCUGUUAAAUUAUGUUUUUUGAUAUAUUUAAUUUGCUGUGUUUUCAGCAUUAAGACUUGUAGACCACACUUUUAUUCAUUUGUUGGUUAAAAAGUUAUAUAACCACUUAUUAAUGUGAUAUGCUGUGAGAGGCAGACUACAUCAGGUGUUUUAUGUACAAAAGCCCAACCCAUUAACCUACCAAGUCCAAUAAAGCCAAACCCACUGAUGUAUGAAGUUAUACUUAACCAUAUCAAGGUGGUAGAUCACUUUCUGUUACAUAAGUUUCUGUAAUGUUUUAUUUGCUUAUACAGUAGCUAUGGUUAUUGUAAGCUAUAAUGUUCCAACCUAUUGAAAUACAAAACUACUAAAUUUUUAUUAAGAAGUUGGAUACUUUUUUUUAGUGUUGUGAAAGGUUCACUUUGUGGCAUGCUAUGUAUACGUGUGUAUGUGCUUUGGUCAGAUGAAAACAGAAAUGUUCUUUUUAAAGUUAUGAGAAUCAUUUUGUUGCUUUUGAUGAUAAAUCUUGAAACCUUUAUCUGCUCCACUGUUAUAUUGUGCAUACUAAUAGCCAGGAUGUGGUAUCAGAUAAGAUUUAGUCUGCUAAAAUAACAGGCUUAUGGGGAUAAUAUAACUACUAUAUGGUUGUGUAAUAUGUAUGUGACAAAUAUUGCUAUGUAUAUAAUCAGUCUUCCUUGCUAAUAAGAGAAAAUCUUGCAACUACAGUGGCUAUUUUUAAACAAAGCAUGUUUCAACUCUUCAGUGCUCUACACUUGUCAAAAUCAAAACUGAAUUAAAGAAAUCACUUUAUUUAAAGCUCAUUUAUCUUGUGAUUAGUUUGUGCAGCUUGGUUUAAGAUUGUGUAUCAAAAGUUACAUUGAGUAUGCAUUGUGGAUUUUGUUUGUGUAUCAGGGUUUUCUCAGGAGUUCUGUUAAACUCUUGUUUUUCAUUAAAAUGACAGUCACAUGAUAGCUAUGUUCUAUAAUUUUAGAGGAUAUGUGAUUGCAAAGAACUCCCACAUCAUUGGGAUACUCUUUUUGAGUCUUAAAAUGGUGGAUGUUUACAGUUAUACUGCAGUUAUCAAAUUUUGCAUAGUAUCAAAUUCCUUAUGAUCAUCAUUUAAAGAAGUAUGAAAAAUAAGAGUUUUAAACACUUAUGAACAAAUACUACAUUAUUAAUACAAAUUAUGUACAACAUUUGUUGUAUGUUUAUAAGAUUUUAAGUACUGUACAUGAUACCUGAAACAUUUGAAUUUUCUUCGACUUUGGCUAGUUUGAAAGUUAAUGUGUGUUACAGGUUAGGUAGUUAAAGCUUAUACAUCAAUUACUUAUAAUUCCUUUUAAAAAGUGGAAUAUUUUUGUAUCUCGGUUGUUUCCAUAACUUAACAUUAUCCAGACUUUUUCUCAGAACAUAGUUAAAAACUAUAUACAUUAACAGUAUUCACCAUUAUCAAGAUCCAAAGGUUUGUAAUAUAUAUAUACAUAUAUACUUGUGUGUGUGUUUAUUGUUUACAGUAUUUGAAAGUAGUAUGUAACACAGGGUUUUAGUGAGUUUACUGUGUUCAGUCACUUCUGAUACUGGUUUUCAGAAAAUAAAUGUUAAGAGCUC